GAACAUAGACGUAUACGUAAGGCGACUGUCUCAAUAGGCACAAUGGCUACACUGCAAACCAUUGUUCUUAUAGUCUUGAUUUCUACUUCGUUUGGAAACAUCGUUAAACAAAUUGAAGGGGUAAAUGAAGCAAUUAGUAACACAGUUAUUGACAAAAUAAUGCUUGAAUUGUACAAUCAGAGGCAACUUUUUAACGAACGGAUUAGAGAACUGGAACAAACGAUAUCUUCGCAACAACGGACAAUCGAUAGACAUGAAGAACAUAACAUUGGAAUUAAUAAAAGGAUGGAAGACUUACAAAAGCAGAUUGAACAUUGUAAUUUUCAGAAACUCAAAGAAACUACUCCAAGGAAAGCGGAAAACAAUACACCACUUGACGAAUCUAUUAAACGCAAUUUAGCUAAAGACGAUGCACCUAAUAACAAACCUGAAAAUACAAUCACUGUUAAAUCUACACAAGGACUGCAGAUACCAAACACAGAGCAUUUCGCAUCAAAACGAAUCGUCGAAAGUAAUGUUGCCUUUUCUGCAUAUCUGGAUCAUAAUGUAGACCAUAUGGCAGCUGGACAUCACAUAGUGUUAAAUCAAGUACAACUGAAUGAUGGUAACGGCUAUAACCACUUUACUGGAAUAUUUACUGCACCAGAAUCCGGGGUUUACUUGUUUUCAUUCAGUAUCUACAGCCAUUUCAGACUGGCCAUCGUAUCUCUAUCUGUGGACGGUGUCAACCAUACUGAUAUUAUAACCUACCCCUACAACGAUCACGGAUCCAUGAGCAGCAACACAAUAAUCAUCCGCGUUAAUAGUGGACAGUCAGUGUGGCUUCAAAACAUUGUUUCAAAUGACGGAGAAAUAUGGAAUAACGCAUUUCAAAAAUAUGCUACAUUCUCUGGUGUAUUGCUUUACCAAUAGACACAGAAAUAAAAGGCAAAAAGUAA